UCGGAAGUCUUCGGUGCAUCUCUUUCCUGAGACUUCGUGAAAAACAAACAGUCGAGCGGCCGUCCUCUCUCCGGAUUUGCUCGCCAAAUUCUUUGACGUUACCGCUAAUUUCAUAUAAAGUAUUGCUGAUUUUUUUAAUUUUUUUUUACCGAUUAUCGUUAACGGGUUCCGUGUUUGCGGUUCUUCUCUGGUUCGUAACAGCCUCGGCUGCUUUCGGACCGCGCUGUGUCCCGCGACCGCUCGUUCAUAUUCGGCUCUUGUCGUUCGGCGGAAAAAUGGACGAAGCGGACUCGGCCACGAAGGCACUCGGGCUGGAUGAACCGCCCAUCGGCAUGCCGCCGGUGGAGGGCUCGGAUACCGAGUCGGAGGCCGAAGUCACCACGAUGGCCGUCAUGGACGAACCGGGAAACAUCGACAUGGGAGCCGAGUCCCUACCGAACCCAGACGAGGCCGAGGCGGCAUUCGCAGAGGUGACGGCUGUGACGGUGGCAGAUGUUCAUUCUGCAGAGGACAACGUUUUUACCACGACGGUUGCCACGUCAGGAAGUCUCCCAGAACACAUGCUGAGUGGGAGGACGACCCUCCAGCUGGGUGAAGGUCUCAGCACCCAGAAGGCCACUUUGAUCGUGGUUCACACUGAUGGCAGCAUCGUGGAGGCUGCUGGCCUCAAGUCUGCUGCUGCCAUCACAUCAGGCCCACAGACUCCACCCACCCCACUGACUCCGCCCCAGGACAAAGACUCCUGCUCCAAGUACAACUGGGACCCCUCAGUCUACAACAACGAGCUGCCGGUCCGCUGCAGGAACACUAGUGGAGUCCUCUACAAGAAUCGACUGGGAUCAGGGGGCAAAGGUCGCUGCAUCAGGCACAACCAGCAGUGGUUCACUCCCACUGAGUUCGAAGGUCUGGCGGGAAGAGCGAGCAGCAAAGACUGGAAGAGGAGUAUCAGAUACGCUGGCAGACCUCUGCUCUGCCUCAUACAGGAGCGUAUACUGAACCCCCACGCUGCUUCCUGUACCUGUGCAGCCUGCUGUGAUGACCUGACAGGGUGUCCAAAGGAAGCAGACACUCUGGUAGAAGAAAACAUCAGUAUGACUGGUCCAGUCCGCCUCUUCGUCCCGUACAAGAGACGGAAGAAGGACACCGAGCCUCCGGUCAUCCCCCCCAAAAAGGAACUUCCUGCCACCAAAAACAUCACACUGGCCCCGGGGACCACAUUCACAGUGUCCCCGUCAGGACAGUUCACCACCUCCGGCACCUUGACCUUUGACCGCACUCCAACGGGCGACGCCGGCGCUGCCGCUGCCAUCAUCUCAGAAGGCUCAGCGCAGAGCGAGGUGUUUGCCAGCACAGCAGUGCUGACGGCGUUGCCGGCGCUGGCCGUGUCUCCUCAGCCGGUUCAGGCCAAGAUGACUGUGGCGGCGGCGUCUCCGUCGGCCGGGCUGGAGGUGGGGCCUGUAGGGGGGGCGGGGCCGGCGGUAAGCGAGGGGCAGAAGAACACCUGGCUGUACCUGGAGGAGAUGGCCAACACGCUGCUGAGCAACGUCCAGCAGCUGAAGGCUCUGAUCGAACAGGCCAAAAACUCUGGAGGAGAGUCUGCAGGGGUCAAAGGUCAGGGAGGCAGGAAGGAGUGUGGUCUCAGUCAGCCGUUUCAGAACCAGAUCUCGUUUCAGCAGCCGGACGACUCAGAGACCAAGAGGAGCUCUGACAUCACUGAGAUCAUCAUUAACCAAAUGUGUGUGAACUGUGGUCGGGUGGCAAUGAGUGAGUGUACAGGCUGUCACAAGGUCAACUACUGCUCCACCUUCUGUCAGAGGAAGGACUGGAAGGAUCAUCAGCACACCUGCUGUCAGUCAGCAGGGGGCGUGGCUGUUCAGGAGGAGGAGCCAGUCACAACCAUCGACAUGGAUAAAGUGAAAUGAAGGUGUCCUCAGUCUGCAUGAAAACAUGAGCGGUGUGUCAGUGAGGUCAUCGGACAGGAAGUCCUCGUGGGGCAAAUAGGAGAUUAUUCUAAACACAUCUGUUCUGAAGACUUAAAAUCUCCUCUCUGGAACUUUUAUUGUGAAAGUUUCCCCUUAGAACGACAUGAAAAGAAGGUCUCGGAUCUCCUGAGAGCUGAACUUUAUUUAUAAAAACUGCACGGACUUUAUAUUUGUACAGAGAAGUUGGGUGUUUUCCCUCAUAACCUCCAAUACACUUCAUCUGCUAAGGAAUAUACUGUAUAUAUCAAUGCCCUCUGCAGGGCUACAUACAUGGCUGGAAGGUUUGGCUGUCCACAUACUUUUGGCCAUGUAGUGUAUCAAAUCCAGUUUAAAUUUUCAUUCUGACAAGUUUUCCCUCCAGUAAACCAGAACAAAAUAAAUAAAAAACAACCAAUCACUAACAGAUGAUAAAUGAAAAACAUGGAAGGUUUUCUUUGAGGUAUCAAGAUGUUUUUUAAGAUUUUAAAUCAGCUUCUUCACUGAUCUAUAAUCAUUACAAACUGGACAUUAAAUCAGCUAUGCUUCCUGUCUGA